CAUGAACUUUUAAAGUAAAAUUGCCACAUUUUCGAGACUCUGCAAUGGUUUAAGGCCUCAUGUCGUGUGUACAGCACGAUCCGUCUUCUAAGCUUUCCUGUUUUUUGGUGCAUUAAGUGUUUCACAUCAAACAAGUCCUACUAUUUUUAGUGCUAGGAACUUGAAAAUAUAGUUCGCAAGUAAAUACCUCCGAGGGAGAAAUCUGUGAGAGCGUAGCUGCGGAAAAUUACAUCAAGAAGAGAAAAGCUUACGGGAGUGGGACCCGCGCUACAUUUUCGGCUGAAAAGGUGGUUACGAUGUGAUCACUCGGCAGCACCACUCAAUGCUUUGACAAAAGUUCACAAGUGAGCUGCUGAAAUGGACCCUGCUGAGCCAGCUGAGCGGAAGAAGCCAGAAGAAAACAAAGAAAAUGAGCACAGUGUGGAGAGCCUGGCCGAGGUGUUCCGCUGUUUCAUCUGCAUGGACAAGCUGCGGGACGCCCACCUCUGCCCGCACUGCUCCAAGCUCUGCUGCUACAUGUGCAUCCGCCGCUGGCUGACGGAGCAGCGGAGCCAGUGUCCGCACUGCCGCGCCUCGCUCCACCUGCACGAGCUGGUCAACUGCCGCUGGGUGCAGGAGGUCACGCAGCAGCUGGACACGCUGCAGGCGGUCGGCGCCAACCUCAAGCUCGACACCGGCGAACGCGACAAGUGCGAGACCCAUCAGGAGAAGAUGUCGGUGUACUGCUGGACGUGCCGCAAGUGCAUCUGCCACCAGUGCGCGCUGUGGGGCGGCACGCACUCUGGCCACGUGUUCAAGCCGCUGGAGGACGUGUAUGAGCAGCACGUGGCGCAGAUCAAGACCGAAGUGUCGCUGCUGCGCCGUCGUCUCAUGGAGCUCAUCAGCCUCGUCCAGGAAGUGGAACGGAACGUGGAGUCCGUGCGGGCGGCCAAGGACGAGCGGGUGCGCGAGAUCCGUAACGCCGUCGAGUUGAUGAUCGCGCGGCUGGACUCGCAGCUCAAGCAGAAGCUGCUGACGCUCAUGUCGCAGAAGAACCUCCUCACACAGGAGACGGAGCAGCUGGAGAGCCUGCUGCAGGAGAUCGAGCACAGCCUGCACACGAGCGCGCGCUCCGAGCUGAUCGCCCGCUCUCCGGAGCUGCUCAACAUGGUGUACCAGGUGCACAAGAAGCCGAUGGCCUCUUUCGUCACGGCCCCGGUGCCGGCCGACUUCCAGAGUGAGAUCGUGCCGCCGUACGACAGCAGCACGUUCAUCAUGAACCACUUCAGCUCGCUGCAGAGCAAGGCGGACCCCGUCUACUCUCCGCCGCUCCACGUCAGCGGCCUCUCGUGGCGACUCAAGGUGUACCCGGAUGGCAACGGCGUGGUGCGCGGCAACUACCUGUCCGUCUUCCUCGAGCUGAGCGCCGGUCUGCCCGAGACGUCCAAAUACGAGUACCGCGUGGAGAUGAUCCACCAGGGGUCGCGCGACGCCAGCAAGAACAUCGUGCGCGAGUUCGCCUCCGACUUCGAGGUUGGCGAGUGCUGGGGCUACAACCGCUUCUUCCGGCUGGACCUGCUGGCCAGCGAGGGAUACCUCAACACCGACACGGACACGCUCAUACUGCGGUUCCAGGUGCGGCCACCCACGUUCUUCCAAAAGUGCCGCGACCAGCAGUGGUACAUAAACCAGCUGCAGACCAUCCAGACCCAGUACGUGGCCCAGAUCAACGACCUGAAGGAGCGGAUCGCCAUGGAGAUGACCCGCGGCACCAGCGGCAAGGGUACGCCCUCGGGCGACUGUCACCAGCUGAUGGAGGCCGGCCUGGGGCCGACCAGCAUCAAGGGACCGGCGCCGCACCCACACCCGCUGCCGCUGCCCAGGCCCAAGCCGGCGCGCGCCCGCAAGGUGCAGACGCUCAACGUCGAGCUGGAGGCCGAGCGCCAGAGUAACAGCUCUAGCGACUCGGAGGACAUCAGUGAAGGAGAAAACGAUGUGUUUGAAGUAUUCGAACCGUCUCUUACGCACACGGACGAGAAUUCCAACGAUGAAAACGAUGUGGACGACGAGGCAAUGUCAGGCGACAAUGACGUGGAGCGCUCGCUGUCCGGCUGCCGGCCGUCGCUGGGCGGCUCCGACCAGCUCAGUCUUCUGGGCGACUCGCUGCUCUCGGCCGAGCUGGACUCGCUCUCGGACACGAUGGGCGCCGUCGGCGGCUGUGACCCGUGCACCGUCACCUCCUCCGCCCAGGACGACCAGGUGAUGCUGCUGCACCUGCUGGACAUGCAGGAACGCUCGUCGGCCGGCGGCCGGUACCGGGCCUGCGCGCGACCCCGCUCCCGCUCGCUGCGCCGCCCUCUGGUGACGGCCAACAGCGUGCUGCACACCCUGCAGCUGGACCGCGCCCUCGACGGCUCCAAGCUGGCCGAUCAGCUGGUGGCUCUGAACCUGUCAUCGGACCUGCACUGCGGCGGUCUGAAGACGAGCGCCGAGCCGGACCAGGCACCGGCGGCGGCGCGGGCGACUGGACGGUGCAGGCGCACAGGUGGAGCGAAGGCUCGGCCCUCCGAUCUGCUGCUGCUGCGCGUCUCCGCCGCAGACUGGACGGUGCAGGCGCACAGGCGGAGCGAAGUGGCGCGCUGA